GGAUUACCGACUUGAUUGAUAUUUUCCUUAUAUCCCAUUACUGGAAUUCCAUGUAUGUUGUUUGUUGAAAAUUCUGUAUUGAUUUUGAAAGUUCUUCGUUUUUUCAUCUCCCAAGUUCGAAGUAUUGAAAGAGAGAACUUUACCACCUAUCGUGGUGUGUUGUCUAAUAAAUAGACAAAAUGUCACAACAUACUUACGAUCCCAUAAAUACCUCUCCCCAGAUCGAAAUGUCCAGUCCCAUUCCCACCAGCACACUGCCACCCUCUCCACCCAUCCAAACCUCCAGCAGUAAUCAUCUCUCCCACUCCGACAGCGCCGCUACCUUACUUUCUCACGAGCAAAACUAUUCACAUUUCGAAAGUCAUUUUCACAAACCCGAACAAUCUUUUACCACCGUUCCUUAUAAAUCUAAGACCGGAAAACAAUUCUGGAAUAUUUUGUUGAAAAGUUUGGCACGAUGGUUGAUUACGCUUGUUUUAUGUAUUGCUUAUUUAUUGGCGUUGAGGUUCUGGAAUAGGAAGGGUACGGUGACAGAAACUUCCAAGAGAAUUUUCAAUGCAAUCACCACGGGCAUUAGUAUUGCUCUGGGUAUCAAUAUUGCUACUUCCUUGAAAGAUAUGGCGUUGAAUGUGCGUUGGGCAGUUUUACAUGCUAGGAAGAGAAAUCUUUAUGAACUUGACCUUACUUUACAUGCGGAUAGUUUGAUGGAUCUUGGAAAAUUAGCUUUUGUUUCGAAGAGGCCGAUGGUUUUCGGUAUGGCUAUUUCGUGGUUAAUAUUCAAUAUUUUUGUACAAGCAGCCAUUGCAGCUAUUAGUCUAACAUAUGGUUUCGAUACCAGCACAGAGAGCUACUUAUUCACGCCCGGAAGUGUUACGAUUCCAGAUAUGAAGCAUUUCUCUAACACCACCAACCCCCAAAUCGAAGAUGAAGAAUACACAGCUCACGCUUAUGGGAGUUUAGCCUGGAAUCUCGGAAUCGGCAGCUCAAUUGGAGAUCUUCCCACUCAAGGAGAAAUCUACCAAGGACUAACCAACAACUACAGCAUAUGGCAAGACGAACCGAACAACAAGAUGGUUUUCGUAUUCACCGAGUCUUCCUCUUCUGCAUCCGCCCAAAAGACCGGUUCAUUAAGCGUCUACACCAACCGAACACUCGAAAUGGAUUACUCCUGUUCCUCCUACAGGGUCACAAACAUCGACGAGACAACCGGCUAUUUCAACACCAGCAAUCCAGACAUCAAUCCCGUCUAUAUAAGCUCCUGGGCCCACAACGCCACCACCUUCUUCACCGACAUGGCCAAUCUCUGUCCAGACAUUCCACGCUGUUCUAUCAUCCAAGCCUUAGAAACCAGCGAUAUCAAUACUCAAUGGUACUACACAUGCAACAUCACACUCUCCAAAACCCACAACGACGAGAAAAACAUCUCCUACAUCAGCGACGACAUGGCAUGGAUGUCCGCCGGCGCCAUUGCAAACACCGGAUACACUUAUGAUGUAAAUUACCAGCAAACCAGUUCGUAUCCGCAGAAAACCAUCUGGGGCUCCCCCCUCCACGGCAACGCCUCUCAAAUCGGAGCGCAAAUUUCCGCCUUCGGACUCUCCGCCCUCUCAGUCGCCGCGGCGUUUAAUCCAUCCACCACCUAUUUCGGACAGGAACCUCACACGGGCUUCGCGCUCGGAAUAAACCAUACGUAUUUUUUCCUGCUUAUUGUCUUUCUCAUCCCGCUAGUGCAGUUUGUGAUGUGUUUUGUGGUGGCUGUGUGGAGUAAUUCUGUCCAGGUGGGUGAUGAUGCGUAUAUUGGGAUGAGCUUGCUACUGCGCCCGAUUGCAGAUGCGUUGUUUGGGGUCAGUGGGGGGGUGGAUAAUCGCGCGUUCAGGGAGGCGAAGAAGAGGGUUUUGGUUAGGUAUGAGAGGGGUGUGGAUGGGAGGUGGGGGUUCGCUAUGAGUUGAUCUGGGGGAGGGGAGAGAUUAUGAUUUUCUUUUUAGCUGGUCUGGGAAGGGGGUGUUUGGAGGUUUUGACUUUUGGCGGUUUGCACAUUUGGUGUGAUUGGAAGUUUGAAGGGAUUCAAUGGCAUGCCAUGCAAUGGCAUGGUAUGAAUCGGUUCAAUUAUUAUAUUACAAUGUUGAUCUAUGAGGAACGCUAAUACUUGUUGGUAGCUUCUAUAUAUAAGAUACCGUCACUAUAUAAUAUACAAAUCUCAUCUAAUAAAGUCUAUAAAUUAUGUAUAGUCA